AACCUCAUUCUGUGCUUUAGCUUUUCUGACUUUGUCUCUACACGUGCUGGCUAUAUGUUUGAAUUCCUCUCUGGAGAUUUCCCCCCUUUUCCAUUUUUUGUACAUAUCCCUUUUAAAUCUUAACUCAGUCAAAAGUUCUUUAGAUAGCCAGCCUGGCUUCUUUAGGCACCUUCCAUGUUUCCGUCUCAUUGGUAUUGCCUGAAGUUGUGCUUUUAAUAUCUCCCUUUUAACAAACUCCCAACCAUCAUGAACUCCCUUCCCUUUUAGUAUUACUGUCCAUGGGAUUUCACCCAGCGUUUCCCUAUUUUUUCUGAAGUCGGCUUUCUUAAAGUCUAGAAUUUGGACCUUAGUAUGCUUGGUUGCUCCUUUCCGCUGGAUAAUAAACUCCAGAAGAGCAUGUCGCUGUUUGUUUCACAGACAAGGAAUGGGCGUUGCUGGAUCCUGACCAGAGAGCUCUGCAUAAGGAAGUCAUGGAGGAGAAUCAUAGGAUCCUGGACUCUCUCGCGCCUGAUUUCAACAGACAGAACGUGGCAGGAGACCAAGGGGCUCCUUCCGAUCUCUUUGAGACUUCCUGAGAGCACAGAUGGAGGAGCAAGACUCAGCUGGCCCUGAAGCGGGAAGAAGCCGUGCCACCCAAACUGGGAGCAGUGGGGGAUCCUGGCAAAACUCCAUGCAAAGGAUCCUGGGUGAGGAAGACACUCUUUGCUCCGAUGUGCCGAGCCAGCAGCUCAAGCAGUUCUGCUACCAGGAGGCCAAAGGACCCCGUGAGGUUUGCAGCCAGUUCUACCGACUAGACCAUCAAUGGCUGAAGCCAGAAAGGCACACGAAAGCUGAGAUGCUGGACCUGGUGAUCUUGGAGCAGUUCCUGGCUGUCCUUCCCCCGGAGAUGGAGAGCUGGGUGCGGGAAUGCGGAGCGGAGACCAGUUCCCAGGCAGUGGCCCUGGCUGAAGGUUUCCUCCUGAGUCAGGCAGAGGAGAGGAAGCAGGCAGAGCAGCAGGGAACGGAUCAGCUGUCAGAAAUGGGUCCCGAUUCCUCUGAUGCAGAGGAGACCCCCUUGGACACCAGAGAGUGGCCACUGGGUGAGAGAACGAUGCUGGCAAGACCCCUUCAUCCGUCUUUUCAUGGUGGCGAAGGGGAUGCAGCAGGAUUGGAACCAGAUCAGGGUCUGGUGAGCUUUGAAGAUGUCGCUGUUCGUUUCACAGACGAGGAAUGGGCGUUGCUGGAUCCUGACCAGAGAGCUCUGCAUAUGGAGGUCAUGGAGGAGAAUUAUAGGAUCGUGGACUCUCUCGGUGGUGAUGAAUUGGAAAGGGAGAUUGACAAUAUCUCCACAGUGGAUGAGCCAUAUACAUAUAUGGAAUAUGGAGAGAACUUCAGCCAGAGCUCCUUCUCUGCUUCCCAUGACAUAAAUCCCAUUGGGUUUCUCUAUCAAUACCAGGAAUGCAUAAAUAGCUUCAUUUGGCGGGAUAAUCUCUCGUCACAUGACAGAACGCACAAGGGGGAGAAACCAUAUCUGUGCUUGACAUGCGGGAAGAGCUUCAGCCGAAAGGACCACCUUGUUUCCCACGAAAAAAUUCAUACAGGGGAGAGGCCCUAUCAGUGCUUAGAAUGUGGGAGGAGCUUCAUUCGUAGUUCCGCUCUCACUUCCCAUCAGAGAAUUCAUACUGGGGAGAAACCCUAUCAGUGCUUGGAAUGUGGGAAAAACUUCAGUUGGAAGGAAAGUCUCACUUCCCAUCAAAGAAUUCAUACGGGCCACAAACCGUAUCAGUGCUUGGAAUGUGGAAAGUGCUUCCGCCAGAGGGGUGAUCUCACCUCCCACCAGAGAAUUCAUACAGGGCAGAAACCAUUUCACUGCCAAGAGUGCGGAAAGAGCUUCACACAGAGCACCAGUCUCAUGCUCCAUCAAAGAACUCAUACAGGGGAGAAACCGUACCCGUGCUUGGAAUGCGGAAAGAGCUUCAGUCGGAAGGAUCAACUCACUUCCCAUCAGAGAAUUCAUACAGGGGAGAAACCGUACCAGUGCUUGGACUGUGGAAAGAACUUCAGUCGGAGGGUGAAUCUCACUUCUCAUCAGAGAACUCACACAGGACAGAAGCCAUUUCCGUGCUUGGAAUGCGGAAAGAGCUUCAGUCAGAGGGUGAAUCUUGCUUCCCAUCAGAGAAUUCACAGAGGGGAGAAACCAUUUCAAUGCCCAGAGUGUGGAAAGAGCUUCACACAGAGCACUAGUCUCAUGCUCCAUCUAAGAAUUCACACAGGGGAGAAACCGUACCAGUGCUUGGAAUGCGGAAAGAGCUUCCGUCAGAGCACCUGCCUCACUUCCCAUCAGAGAAUUCACACAGGGGAGAAACCAUUUCCAUGUCAAGAGUGCGGAAAGAGCUUCAAACAGAGCACAGGUCUCAUUCUCCAUCAGAUAACUCACACAGGGGAGAAACCGUACGAGUGCUUGGAGUGUGGGAAGAGUUUCACUCGGAACAACCAACUCACUGCCCAUCAAAGAAUUCAUACAGGCGAGAAACCCUAUCAGUGCUUGGAAUGUGGGAAGAGCUUCCGCGACAGGAGCAAUCUAACUACCCACCAACGAAUUCACAGCGGGGAGAAACCGUUUCAAUGCCUAGUUUGUGAAAAGAGCUUCGCACAGAGUACCGGCCUCCAGCUGCAUCAAAGAAUUCAUACAGGGCAGAAACCCUAUCAGUGCUUGGAAUGUGGGAAGAGCUUCAGUCAGAGCACACACCUGACUUCCCACCAGAGGAUUCAUACUGGGCACAAACCAUUUCAGUGCUUCGAAUGUGGGAAGAGCUUCAGUCGGAAGGAGAGCCUCAGUUUACAUGAAGGCACUCACACGGGGAGCAACCCGUUGAGUGCCGGAGAUGUGGAAACGGCUUCGAUUUCAAGCGGAGUCUCACUCUCCUUUACAGAACCUGGCAGAAGACCAAGGGAUUCCCUCCGAUCUCUUGGAGGCUUCCUGAGAGCCCAGAUGGAGGAGCAAGACUCAGCUGGCCCUGAAGUGGGAAGAGACCAUGAUAUGCAAACUGGAAUAAGUGGGGGAUUCUGGGAAAACUCCAUGCAAAGGAUCCUGGGUGAGGAAGACACUCUUUGCUCCGAUGUGCAGAGCCAACAGUUCAGGCAGUUCUGCUACCAGGAGGCCGACGGACCCCGAGAAGUUUGCAGCCGACUCUACCGCCUUUUCCGUCAGUGGCUGAAGCCAGAAAGGCACACGAAAGCUGAGAUGCUGGACCUGGUGAUCUUGGAGCAGUUCCUGGCUGUCCUUCCCCCAGAGAUGGAGAGCUGGGUGAGGGAAUGUGGAGCAGAGACCAGUUCCCAGGCAGUGGCCCUGGCUGAAGGUUUCCUCCUGAGUCAGGCAGAGGAGAGGGAGCAGGAAGAGAGAAAGCAGGGAAAGAAUCUGCUUGUGGAAAUGGGCCCCGAUUCCUCUGAGGCAGAGAGGACUCUGUUGGACACCAGAGAGAGAUCACUGGGUGAGGGAACAAUGGCAUCAAGACCUCCUCCUCCCUCUUUUCAUGGUGGCGAAGGGGAAGCAGCGGCUGUGGAACCAGAUCAGGGUCCAGUGUGCUUUGAAGAUGUUGCCAUUCGUUUCUCAGACGAGGAACGGGUGUUGCUGGAUCCUGACCAGAGAGCUCUGCAUAAGGAAGUCAUGGAGGAGAAUCGUGGGAUCCUGGACUCUCUCGGUGGUGAUGAAUUGGAAACGAAUAAUGGGGGAGACCAUGAAAAAAUCCACACAAUGGAGAAGCCAUAUCAAGACUGGGAGUGUGGAGAGAGCUUCAGUCAGAGCUCCCAUUCCCAUCAAAGAAAGCAGAGUGGGAAGAAAGGCUAUCAGUGCUCAGAAUGUGGGAAGAGCUUCAGUCGGAAGAAGAGUCUCACUUCCCAUCACAGAAUUCAUACAGGGGACAAACCCUAUCAGUGCUUGGAAUGUGGAAAGAGUUUCAGUCAGAGGGGAAAACUCACUUCCCAUCAAAGAAUUCAUACAGGGGAGACACCCUAUCAGUGCUUGGAAUGUGGAAAGAGUUUCAGUCAGAGCCACAGUCUCACUUAUCAUCAAAGAACUCAUACAGGGGAGAAACCCUAUCAGUGCUUGCAAUGUGGAAAGAGCUUCAGUCGGAAGGAUAGUCUCACUUCCCAUCACAGAAUUCAUACAGGGGAGAAACCCUAUCAGUGCUUGGAAUGUGGAAAGUGCUUCCGAGAGAGGGCGACUCUCGCUUCCCAUCAAAGAAUUCAUACUGGGGAGAAACCCUAUCAGUGCUUGGAAUGUGGAAAGAGUUUCAGUCAGAGGGGAAAACUCACUUCCCAUCAGAGAAUUCAUACAGGGGAGAAACCCUAUCAGUGCUUGGAAUGUGGAAAGAGAUUCAGUCGGAAGGAUAGUCUCACUACCCAUCAAAGAAUUCAUACUGGGGAGAAACCCUAUCAGUGCUUUGAAUGUGGGAAGAGCUUCCGGGAGGGGACUAAGCUCUUUCCCCAUCAAAUAAUUCUUACAGGGGAGAAACACUAUCAAUGCCUAGAAUGUGGAAAGAGCUUCAAUCACAAGCGGAAUCUCACUUCACAUCAAAAAAUGUCGCCAUCUGCCUUCCCUUCACAGUGCCGAAGGAGCCGGGAUUGGCCCAAUCAGCGUGGCACGGCAAGGCCUCCUUCAAAUCUCGCCGAUCAAUGAGGUGUUGGGGGAGUGUCAUUGCAAUAGUUGUAUAGGAUUAUUAUGUGGGGAGACUUUGAUUAGUAUGUGGGCAAGGAUUGGAAGAAUGUUCUUGUCAUUCAGCAACCUAGCACCAGAUCUAAACCAGUAAAGCCAGAUAUUACAAGUUCCAUUUCUUUCUUUCUUUAUAAAUUUUAUUUAUACUGAAAUAGAGAUACAAGAAAUGAAAACAAAGAUCUUAGCACUGGAAAACAUCAAAAAAAAAAAAAACAAAGAAAAGAAAGAAAUAAAGAAAGAGAAUUUUUUUCCGGAAUAUACCAGAAACAGAGAACGAAGAUGUAGAAAAACGGGUAGUGGAAGAGUUGGCAAAAUGGUUGGAGGUGGAACUAGAGGGAAUAGAGGAAAGAAUGGAGAAGGCCUUUAGGGUGAAUUCAAGGAAAGCCAAAGCGAACAACUGGCCUGGGGACUGCUUAGUGACGUUUACCACUAGUUGGCUGGUGGAAAAGAUAUUACAAACAAUAGGAAAAAAGAAAUUGAAGAUAGAAGGAGUAGAGACAGUCAUAUUAAAAGAGAUUCCACCAAGACUGAUCCGAAAGAGACAAAAAUACAAUUUUUAAACAAACACAUUCAAAAUGGGGAAAAAACGCCUUUUGGUGGGAGUAUCCAGAAGGCUUAUCCUUAUUUUAUAAAGGGAAACGAAGGAAGUUUGAAAAUGUGGGAGAGGCAGAUCUGUUUUGGAGGAAGUAUUGGCAGGAACUGGGGGGGUGAAAAAGUCAGACCAAUAGAAGAAGAGGAGAACGAUGAGAGCACGGAAGAAGAAGAGGAGAAGAAAGAAGAUGAUGACGAAGAAGAGACAUAGAGUUCUAACUUUUGUUUGUGUAAAAUGAACUGUUAAUAAAAUCGCAAAGGGGAAAGGAAUUAAAUGUAUAUCGCUUCUAAAGAAAUAGAAUAGAGAAAGAGUUCUCCCCUGAAAAAAAGCUUCAAUUAUUAUAAUUUUUCUAACUUUUGUUGGGAAUUUUUGUUUUUUGUUU